AUGAGGAGAAAUGAGGAAGACUGUGUAGGAGCAAUAUUCUCAAGAAUGUGCCUUCAUUAUUUUGAUUGGUCAUGUAAAUCACUUUUUCAGGUCGAACUAAAACUGUUAGCCACUCAAAACUCUUUUCAUUUUUUUGAUCGAGCUUUGAUUCCUAUUGAAAUAUACGAGGACAAAGAUGAAUGGCAAACGUGGAAUGUAAUCGGAGAUCCUGUACUUCAUAUAGAGUUACGAAAAUGGGCGGAUGUAUUUCUGAUUGCUCCACUAGAUGCUAACACAAUGGCAAAACUUUCACAGGGAAUUUGUGAUAAUUUAUUGACAUGCGUGGCGAGAGCAUGGGACUUGACAAAACCAAUUUUUUAUUGUCCUGCCAUGAAUACCCACAUGUGGCAACAUCCGUUAACUGACGAACAAAAUAAAAAACUUGAGUGUUUAAACUACAAACAAAUUCCGCCCAUUUCCAAGACGCUAGCGUGCGGAGAUACAGGAAUGGGUGCAAUGGCUGAUGUUUCAACCAUUGUUUCCACUGUUCGAAGUUUUAUUGACUCGCGCAUUCUUGAACAGAAAAAUGAGAUCAAAGACACCUGAUUGAUUGAGAGAAAAAUUUGUUCUGUCGCCAUUGUACUUUGGUUUCUACAUUUUCAUCUGAUAUACGUCCACUGUCGUCAAUCCUACGUUGAUAGGGACCAUAUUCUUAUAUUCCGCUAUGCCAGGUUGAUUUCUUUUGAAAAUGAAAUCGUUUUCAAAAGAAAUCACCCUGACAAAAGGCAGAAGAUAUGAAUAUUGUUCCUUUCAAUUAACAUUCGAUUUUACCCCCAAUUUAUACUUCUGCUAUGGGAACGUAUUCAUACAAGUUGAAACGAAAAGCAAAGUGCUAUGGGAACGUAUUCAUACAAGUUGAAACGAAAAGCAAAGUGCUAUGGGAACGUAUUCAUACAAGUUGAAACGAAAAGCAAAGUGCUAUGGGAACGUAUUCAUACAAGUUGAAACGAAAAGCAGAGUGCUAUGGGAACGUAUUCAUACAAGUUGAAACGAAAAGCAGAGUGCUUUGGGAACGUAUUCAUACAAGUUGAAACGAAAAGCAGAGUGCUUUGGGAAACAAGCAUUUAAUAUACUCUUUAUUUAUAUAAGACUCUUCGUCGAUAAAAGACAAAAUUUUACCUUUGCUUAAAUCGUUUUCAGUACUUAAAGGAGAUACGUGCCUUGGCGAUUACAAAACUUCGCUGGCAAGAACUCUUCAUGGAAAUAAUCAGACAAUCUCCAAACUACAACUGAGUUAUACAAAAUUAGUAAAUAUAAAUAUACGUUGACAUUGCUUAUAAAACUCAUGGGUAACUCGUUAA